UGACUACAUUUAGAAGCCAAAUAAUCGGACAGAGAAACCCUUGUCUAAACCCUACUCUCUCUCUCUCUCUCUCUUAAAUUCUCUCUCCAAAACUCGCAUUGUGCAAUCAGAAAAUGCCGUCGUUUACCCAUCCAGGCUCAGUCACCGUAUGUGAAAUCAAUAGAGAAUUGAUCACCGCUGAGAACCUCUCAGACGAUCGAGCCAAGGACACUUAUGGCAAAAUUCUCGGAAUUGUAUUUAGUCCAGUUCCUUUUCAAUCUGAUGAUCUAUUGCCCCCAAGUACCGAGCAAGGCUUCGAACAACACGAAAGAACUGUAGAGUCUGUUCAAAGGAAAGGUUUAUCGGAAGCUCUGCAGGCAGUCUGUAGGGAUACUUUCAAACGCCUUUUCCAUCCCAAUUAUGUAAAAUUUGUAUCAGAUAUUGACCUUGAUGGCAUAAGUUGGCACCAACAUAAGCAUAUUUUAGCAUUUAUCUCUGGGCCAAACCAUGUUACAGUUCGUGAUUAUGAGGAUUCAGAGGGGAAGGACCCAUGCAUUUUGAUCAAUGAAUCCCAGAGAGAUGUUAAGCUGGUUGCAUGGCGGCCGAAUGGUGGGAGGACACUUUCUGUAGCUUGCAAGGGUGGAAUUUGCAUUUGGACUGCUUCUUACCCUGGGAAUGCAGCAUCUGUGAGAUCGGGAGUUUCCUCAGGCACCCUCUCUAAAGGUUCUGGAAGUCGAUGGACUCUAGUGGAUUUUCUGCGGAGUCAUGAUGAUGAACAGAUUAGUGCACUCUCAUGGAGUCCUGAUGGAAGAUAUUUGGCAUCUGGCUCAUAUGAGGGCCCAUCAUUUACCAUUUGGGAUGUUGCUCAAGGGCGGGGAACACCCAUUCGACGGGGCUUGGGGGGCAUAUCAAUUCUGAAAUGGUCUCCCACUGGAGAUUAUUUCUUUGCUGCAAAAUUUGACGGGACAUUUUAUCUUUGGGAGACAAAUACAUGGACAUCGGAGCCAUGGUCCUCAACAAGUGGAUUUGUUACGGGAGCAACAUGGGAUCCUGACGGUCGAAUGAUACUGAUUGUUUUCUCUGAAUCUUCAACUUUAGGUUCUAUUCACUUUGCAUCAAAGCCUCCAUCAUUAGAUGCACACUUAUUGCCAGUUGAUUUGCCAGAUAUAAUAUCCUUGACUGACAGUCCGAUCAUAGAGAAAAUAGCAUGGGAUGCUUCGGGAGAGCGAUUGGCUUUGUCGUACAAAGGUGGGAAUGAGUUGUACAAGGGUCUCAUUGCGAUAUAUGAUGUGAGGAGGACUCCCUUGAUUUCUGCAUCAUUGAUUGGGUUCAUUAGAGGGCCAGGAGUCGAUCCAAAGCCACUUGCGUUUUCAUUUCAUAACAAGUUCAAACAGGGACCACUGCUUUCCGUGAUUUGGAGCACUGGAUUUUGCUGCACCUAUCCUCUUAUAUUUCGUUCGCAUGUUGUUCCAUAGUUAUGGAAUUUGUGUUCCUUUCAAAAGUUGUAUUAUUCUUUUCACAGAAUCCAGAUGUUUAAGCACAAAACAAAUGUAGUCUCAAGGUAUUUUUAUACCAAGAAAGAUGUUAGGUCCUGUUUAUUUUAACAUUUUGAUGGUAUUUUUCUUGCUUCCUUGAGCAAAAAUUUGCAGCCCAGUGAUGUAUGAGGAAAAACAUUUUCAUUUUCAUUUUCA